CCGUCCGUGCACCACGUGACUUCCUUUCCGGUCUAACCUGACAACAUGGACGCCAGCCGCGUGCAGCCGAUCAAGCUCGCAAGAGUCACCAGGGUGCUCGGAAGAACUGGAUCCCAGGGACAAUGUACACAGGUCCGCGUUGAGUUCAUGGACGACAGCAACCGGUCCAUCAUCAGGAACGUGAAGGGCCCAGUCAGAGAGGGAGAUGUGCUGACACUUCUGGAGUCUGAAAGAGAAGCCAGGAGGCUGCGAUAGUUCCCGCUGAAGCUGUGAGGUCCAACAUGGUGGAGAAGGCGUGAAUUGACAUUCCAAUUCAUCAGUGUGAAUUGGAAUGUCCUAAACCUCACUUUGGCAGAUGUUUUGGAAUAAAUUUGGAUAUUAAGAUCGAA